AUGGGUAACGUUCCAACAAAAUUCGAACAAAAUUCUAUGAUUGGAGAGGAACAAUCUAAUACACCUCAUGGAAGAAAGAAAAGUUCCUCAGUAAGUGUUGUAACCAGCAGAUCUGGAAAUGAUUUCAAAAGAAAUAGAUCGUCCUCCAUUGCGGCUACCCUAUUGGGUUCACAUCAAUCAAGAGCAAGAGCCCAAUCAACUUCUGUCACUCAUUCUUCAAGACGAAAGAAGAGAUCUACUAGAGAAAGAGAGCGUUCCAAGGAAAAUCAUGGUAUGCAACUGGUGAUCAAAUACGACGAAAGUGUAGAUGGCGGGUAUUUAGCUCCAUUUGGUUGUUAUAGUUUUGAAAAAUUAGAUUAUGAUGAUCGUGUUGUAAAAGAGUUGAUUAUUAAAAGAAGACUGGCUCCAUUUUAUACUCCUUUAGAAGAUUUUGAUCCUACAUGGACAGAUAUGGAAAUUGUUAAAAUUGUUGAUGGGUUACCGCUGCAUGCAUCCUUUGAUGAACAUUUGGAAGAAUAUGAAGAUAUUCCAAUUGGUAAUCUUAAAAAAUCCGAUUUCGAAGAGUUGAUAGAUUCAAGUUUGAGCAAGAAGGAAAGGCGUAGAUUACGUUACAAGAUAUUCAAAGCCAGACUUUAUAGAAAGAGGAUUAUAUGGCAGGAUAGAGAAAAUGAAAAAUAUUUGGAAAAGAAAAUUGAAGAUCAGGGGAAGUCUAAGGAGUCUCCAGGUAAAAAUUUAUUUUUGCCAAGUGAUGAUUUAAAAAAAGUCAUGUAUAAAAAUGGUACUGAAUGUCCAAUUUGUUUCUUAUAUUUCCCACAACCAAUGAAUCAUUCUAAAUGUUGUAAUCAGCCUAUUUGUACUGAAUGUUUUGUUCAAAUAAAAAGAGCUCGUCCACAUUUCCCUCACGAUGAAGCUGAUCCAAAUGAGGCAGUUGAAAAUGAAGCUGAAAAGGAUCCACAUUUAUUAAUUUCAGAGCCUGCAAGCUGUCCAUAUUGUGCAAGUCCAAAUUUUACAAUUACUUAUACACCGCCACAAGAAAUUAGAACAGGUAUUGGUGGUAUUCAGCCUGCAUUAUUUGAUAUUGUAAAAAUGGAAAAUCAUGAAUAUUCAGAAAUACUAAAGAAAAAGAAAAGUCUAAAUAUGAAUAAUUCAGGUUCUGCUAGUAUUAUUAAUGAUGGCCCAUCAAUCAUCACAUCUGAUGAUAUUCGUCCAGAUUGGGAACAUAAAUUACAAAAGGAAAGAAAAAGAUUAGAAAAGCGUUCUGAUAAUGCAAAUGCAAUUCAUUUAAGUAAUCAAUUGAUUGAUUCAGAUCAUUUCUUAAGAAGAGAUUCUCAAACAGGUUACGAAUCAAGUCCAACUCCAACUUUAAGUCCAACUUCUCCAAACUGUAGUAGUGAUUAUGAAAAUGAUAUGGUAGAAAGAGCCAUUAGAUUAAGUUUGGAAGAAGAACAGAAAGUUUCAAAAAAAGAUAGAGUGAAAAAAAGAGAUUCCAAGAGAGAUUUAGGUAUUACCACUACAACUACAUCUUCAUCAUCUGCCAAUAAUAAGUCUCCUCAAAGGAUUCCUAAAAUGCGAACUGUUUUAUGA